UUAAAGAACAGUUGCUUAUGUGUGAAGUUCUCGUUUAGGAUUUCUUGACCUCGUUUUAUCCUAGAAAACAUCUAUUUGAAUGUUGCCUUACAACCGGGGACUUAAUUGACAUCUGAUUUUCUAGCUUGUUUUUAGCCAGAAAUACUUAAACUAAAUUCCCAUUCUCAUGGAUGGGAAUGCAGAGCAGAAAGAGAAUGACCCUGGGUCCAAUCCCAACAUUGAAAACACAGAGCUGAAGAACGAUGAGCAACUCCAGCAUACACCAGCUGAAGAGCCCUCAGAAGAGGGCAAAUCCACUAAUGCCGAUUACUGUAAGAAUAAAGCUGACAUGGCUACAGAUGAGGCUGAGGAGGUGGUAGCAGUGGAGCAGAGUGGGCAAGAGUCUGAAAAAGCUUUAGGGGAACAGGCAACAGAGGGUAUCUCAGCUGAGACAGAGGGAGGGAACCCAGCCGCUUCUGAGCCAGGAGAGGGCGCUGGAGAUGAGUCACCCACAGGACCCAACCUACCAACGAGUGAGACAUUCGAAGAGGGAGAGGUCCCGGAGAUGAAGCCUCUAAUAGGGGAGCGUCUCUCCCGCGAGGGGAGCCUCACACUCGAAGAUGUCGACAACAACAAUGACGAUGAAGACGGACCGCCAAAACUAGACCCAGGGACUCCCGAAGGGGAGAGUUCCGUGCAGGUUGAGGAAAAGGGUCCCUUUCUAACCAAAGAGACGGGCCCCAGCAUCGACUACAAAGAGUACAUGAACUUCCUUUAUGAGUUGCAGGCGGAGAAGGACAAACUGAGCCAGGUCAACGGUCAGCUCCAGAUCAAGCUGGUGGAGUACUUCCGCAAGAAGACAGGUGAUGACGCACGUCCUGAGAAGGAGAAAGCCGUGUCGGACCAGGAGCAGCGCUACCAGAAGUACAUGGCCAUCAUGGAGGACCUGAAGUGGCAGCACCGGCUGGACUCGGAGGCAGCCCAGCAGCAGGCAGAGGAGCUGAGGCAGCAGAGCCAGGAGAAGCUGGGCCAGCUGGAGACCGAGUGGAGCACUUUCAUGGCACUGAAGCGCGACGUGGCCGUGACAGCCCUGAGCCGGCGCCUUGGGAAACAGGCGGCGGCGGUCGAGGUAGAGCAGAUCCAGGCGGCCGAGCAGCGGCGCCAGAAAGAGCUGGUCACCGUGCGCCUGGAGAAUAUCAAGCUAAAGAACAAGACGCGCAAGUUUGAGGCCACACUGCGUGCCAAGGAGAUGCUCGCUGAGGGCCUGCACCUCAUCGACUUCGAGCAGCUGAAGAUAGAGAACCAGACGUAUAAUGAGAAGAUAGAGGAGCGCAAUGAGGAGCUCCUUAAACUGCGCAAGAAGAUCACCAGCACAGUCCAGGUACUAACCCAUGUGAAGGAGAAGCUCCAGUUCGUGCAGAUGGAGAACCAGGCCAAGCGGGCCCAGUUGGCUGAGGUGGAGGUGGUGGUGGCCAGGAAGAGGGAUGUGCUGACCAGGACCAAGCAGGCCAGGGAUGGCCUCCGCAUGGACAACCUGAAGCUGCGCCAACGCUGCGGCCUGCUGGGCAACGAGAUCCUGCUGAGGGACUUUGAGGAGAAGGUCGACGCCUCAGACAACCUGGAGGAGAGGCUGGAGGGGCUGAAGAGGAGGCACGCAGAGCUCAUACUGAAGUGUGCCGGGGUCAAGAAGAAACUGGAGUACACCAAACCCUAACCCAAACCCUAAUCCUAACCCAAACCCUAACCCAAACCCUAACCCAAACCCUAAUCCUAACCCUAACCCUAACCCAAACCUUAAUCCUAACCCAAACCCUAAUCCUAACCCAAACCCUAACCCAAACCUUAAUCCUAACCCAAACCCUAACCCAAACCCUAAUCCUAACCCAAACCCUAACCCAAACCUUAAUCCUAACCCAAACCCUAAUCCUAACCCAAACCCUAACCCAAACCCAAACCUUAAUCCUAACCCAAACCCUAAUCCUAACCCAAACCCUAACCCUAACCCAAACCUUAAUCCUAACCCAAACCCUAAUCCUAACCCAAACCCUAAUCCUAACCCAGACCCUAAGCCUAUCUCAAACCCUAAUCCUAACCCAAACCCUAAUCCUAACCCAGACCCUAAACCUAUCUCAAACCCUAAUCCCAACCCAGACCCUAAACCUAUCUCAAACCCUAAUCCUAACCCAGGCCCUAAGCCUAUUUCAAACCCUAUUCCUAACCCAAACCCUAAGCCUAUCUCAAACCCUAAGCCAAACUGAAGUGUGGAAAUCGAGGAGCGGAGGCGACGAGAGGAAACGUGGAAACAAUAUGCUUGUAGGAAAUUAGACUCCUUCUCCACUCACGCGUCAUCAGGCAAAUGACAUUUACAGCGGUAGAAUGAAACGUGUAAAGUGCUAAGGCUAGAUGUGCAAGACAUGUUAUAGAUUAAAAGAAAAGUAGCGUGUUGUUUUGAAAUGUGUGCAUGUAAGCAACAGUUGAUUCAAAGGGGGAGUGGCAGAUUUCAAAACUCCUCUGCAGAGCAUACACAGAGGAUGCACUUUAGUAUCCAACGCGAGAGGAGUUUAGAGGCAGGUAGGAGAGUCUGCGAAGUCUGGUGACAUGAUAAGUGAGGGUAGUAACCAAGGGGAUGGAACUCGGAGGCAGGGUUGGAGGCGGGGUCUACUUGGGGCAACUUCACGUCUGGUUGGCUGGGGGUUACUCCUCGGUUCACCUACAAACAAAUUGACACUCUCCUCGACCACUUAUUGCUUUCCGGGUCACGGAGGAAAGAAGGACUGAGGAGUCAAGGAGAGGACAGACUUUUCCAAUUGAGAAUCUCCCAAGGUCUAUAUGAUCAGUCAGAAAUCAUCAACUGGUCAUAGACGGAAAACAUAUGUAUAAUAAGUAGUCUGUUAUUUUAUUUGCUGACAUGUUUGAGUUGUUUUGCAUUUACAACCCCUGAUAAUAUAAUAACAGUUGUCAUGAAGGAAAUUGUCAUACUCAAGGUUGGUAAGCGGUUUAUUUGCAACUCGUUUAAGUUGUCAUUAAAAUGUGAAAUUCAAAUUACAUUAGCAAA